AUGUCAACAUCUCCAGAACGGAGCCCUGUCAACGGGCACCACUCGCCCUCGCCGGACGAGAACACUUCGUACUAUGGAAACGGCCACCAAAGCGAUAGCGAUCUCUCCGACGUUCAGCAUGCGCCAGCCGACGCUGGCUCCCCGGAGUAUCACGAUGCCGACGCGGACGCGGAUGCCGAUGACGUCGAAAACCCGGUGGAGCACCCCGAGGUGACCUUUCAAGGGCCGUCCGACUCGGAGGACAAUGAUGCGUCAGACGACGGAGAUUUUGACGCGGCGGGCAGUCCCGCCUCUGUUCAGAGUCACGAUGACCAUCCCCGCCGCACCAUGUCGGUGUCAGAGCGACCCGCCCCGAAGCGGAAAGCUGCCCAAGUAGUCGAGGAAGAUUUCAUGAGGGAGAAUCCAGAGUUGUAUGGGUUGAGACGUAGCUCGCGUCCUACACAGCGCCGCAAGGUCGUCGAUUCAGAUGAGGAAGAAGAUGCGUCCGAUUCGGAUGCUACACCAGCUCCGCGUAAAGGGAACAAGCGACGCCGGCUGGAACGCUCAGCUCCUGUGUCCAAACGCGGCACACCAAUGCGCCAAACUUCGGUUGACGACUCGGAAUCAGACACGUACGGCGGCGCGAGAGCCCGGAGCUUUCAGAAAAAGGCUCGGCGGCAACAAGAGUUGCAGCCCGCCCUCGCCUUGGCGGAGAAGCGGUGGUCGAGCCGGCGUGCUGCCCAAGUAUCCGCCGGCGCCUACCAAGAAAGCGAAGCUGAAGAAGAGGACGAGUCAGAGCUCACACCAAACUACUGGGCCCAAGACGUGGAGGACAAUUCACCAUACAUUGAAAAGAUUCUCCGUCACCGUCUAAAGGAGGGAUUGGAGUAUUCGGAAGACACGAACCGCAACGACUUUGAGUAUUUCAUCAAAUGGCAGAACAAGUCACAUCUCCAUGACACAUGGGAGACCACUGCGACUGUUGCCGGAUAUCGUGGCUUCCGUCGUCUCGAGAACUACUACCGAAAGGUUGUCGAGUACGACAUAGAGAUGAGGCUUGGUGGAGACGAUGUAAGCCCUGAACAACGCGAGCAGUGGCUUCUAGAUCGCGAGCGUGAGGAAGAGGCUCUCGCAGAUUACACAAAGGUUGAGCGCAUCGUCCACGUCCGCGAAGGGGAUGAGGAGACAGAAUAUCUUGUAAAGUGGAAAGGUCUUCAGUAUGACGACUGCACCUGGGAAGUUGAAUCCUUGGUGAGCGAGCAGGCUCAGGACAAGAUCGACCAGUACACUGCGCGCUCUCAACGGUCUUGGCAAUCGGACCGCAAAGAAACCAACCUCGAAACCCGGUCACGAAUGGAGAAGCUUGAGGAGCAGCCAGAUUACAUCCAGGGAGGUCAGCUUCGCGAAUUCCAGCUGAAGGGGCUUAACUUCCUUGCCCUGAACUGGACCCGCGGCAACAAUGUCAUCCUUGCCGACGAGAUGGGUCUCGGCAAGACGGUCCAGACAGUGUCGUUUCUCAGCUGGCUUAGAAAUGAACGCGGGCAAGAAGGGCCGUUCCUGGUUGUGGCACCCCUCAGUGUUAUUCCGGCAUGGUGCGAUACUUUCAACCACUGGUCUCCCGAUAUUAACUACGUCGUCUACCUUGGCCCAGAGGCGGCGAGAUCCAACAUUCGGGAAUAUGAACUGUUUGUCGAUGGCAACCCAAAGAAGCCAAAGUUCAAUGUUCUGGUCACGUCUUACGACUACAUCUUGGCAGAUGCGGAUCAUUUGAAGGGCAUCAAGUGGCAGGUUCUGGCUGUGGACGAGGCGCAUCGCUUGAAGAAUCGCGAGUCCCAAUUAUACGUCAAGCUGAACGGCUUUGGUAUACCCAGCAAGGUCCUUAUCACCGGUACGCCCAUUCAGAACAACCUCGCCGAGCUUGCGGCUCUUUUGGAUUUCCUGAAUCCAGGCAAGGUCUUGAUCGACGAGGAGUUGGAGCUUCUAUCUACGGCCGACAGCAAGGAGCCGGUCGACGAGCAGCUGGACGAGGCCAAGCGGCUGAAGACACAGGCCAAGCUUCAGGACCUGCAUAAAUCCAUCGCGCCGUUCAUCUUGCGUCGUACAAAGGAGACUGUCGAGUCAGACUUGCCACCAAAAACGGAAAAGAUCAUUCGCGUCGAACUUUCCGAUCUUCAGCUGGAGUAUUACAAGAAUAUCUUGACGCGAAACUAUGCAGCCCUCAGCGACGCUAGCAACGGUCACAAGCAAUCGCUCCUGAAUAUCAUGAUGGAACUCAAGAAGGUCAGCAAUCAUCCAUACAUGUUCCAGGGUGCCGAGGAGCGUGUUCUCGCCAACGGUUCCGGCCGCCGGGAGGAUGCGGUGAAGGGUUUGAUCACAAGCAGUGGCAAGAUGAUGCUCUUGGACCAGCUUUUGGCAAAGCUCAAGAAAGAUGGCCAUCGCGUGCUUAUCUUCAGCCAAAUGGUCAAGAUGCUCGACAUCCUGGCAGACUAUUUGCGGAUUCGCGGCUACCAGUUCCAGCGUCUUGAUGGCACGAUCCCUGCUGGACCUCGUCGUCUGGCUAUCAAUCACUUCAAUGCUGAAGAUAGUGACGACUUCUGCUUCCUGCUGUCAACAAGAGCCGGUGGUCUCGGCAUCAACCUGAUGACAGCCGAUACUGUGAUUAUCUACGAUUCGGACUGGAAUCCACAAGCAGAUCUGCAGGCGAUGGCUCGUGCCCACAGAAUCGGUCAAAAGAGACCUGUCAAUGUCUAUCGUCUCGUUGCGAAGCAGACCAUCGAAGAGGAGGUCGUGAAGCGCGCCCGAAACAAACUGUUCCUUGAGUACCUGACCAUCCAGGCCGGCGUGACGGAUGAGGGCAAGGCUCUUCGCGAGCAAUUCAAGGAACGGGGCAUGAAGAUGGACGAAGCCAAGACAGCCGAGGAUAUAUCGAUGAUUCUGAAGAUGCGUUCACAGAACCUGUUUGAGCAGUCGGGCAACCAAGAGAAGUUGGAGCAGCUCGAUAUUGACGCCAUCCUCGAAAACGCCGAGGUCACCAAGACAGAUGUUGACGACAAGAUCAAUCUCAGCAGUGGUGGUAUUGAUUGGGACAACUGGAUGCACUUCACUGAUGUCAAGGUGGACGAUCUGGCUCUCGACUGGGACCAAAUCAUUCCCGCCGACCAGCUCGCUGCCAUCAAGGCAGAGGAGGACAAGAAAAAGCAUGAAGAGUAUCUUGCCAAAGCCAUGGAAGAGUCUGCACCACGCAAGGCCGCCAUCAAGGGCUCUAAGAAGAAUGUUGAGAACGAACGGGCCGAACGUCUUGCCAAGAAGCGACAGCGCGAAAAGCUGGAGUUGGAAGAGUUCGAGGAACAGCGUGCGCAGGCUUCCGAUCCUCGGCGCCCACUUAAUGAGAAGGAAACGCGCAAUCUUAUCCGAGCAUUCUUCCGGUAUGGCGACUUUGAUGACCGAGAAGACGAACUCGUUCAGGAUGCCCGUCUCAGUGACCGAGACCGCGAGUUUUUGAAAGGUAUCAUUGACGAUCUAGUGGCCGUGAGCAAGCAAGCUGUUGACCUCAACAACGAAAGGCUUCGCGGGGAAGAAGAACGAGCUGGCAAACCGCUUGCCAAGAAGGACAAGAAGGCCGUUCUGGUGGACUUUGGCGAGGUUAGGAAAGUCAACGCCGAGACGGUGGUGGAGAGACCCCCUCAGCUUAAGCUUCUGCGUCGCGUGCUUGCAGAGCACGGCGACAUCCUGACCUUCCGUCUUCCUGAGGCAGCCAAGUCUGCCGCCUACAGCUGUGAAUGGGGUGCGCGGGAAGAUGGCAUGCUUCUUGUCGGUAUUGAUCGAUAUGGGUUUGGUGCCUGGACUCAGAUUCGAGAUGACCCGGAGCUGAACAUGCAAGACAAGUUCUUCCUCGAGGAGCAUCGUGUCGACAAGAAGGAGGAGCGUCGCAAAGGGGAUGAAAAGGGGAUACAGUCUCCCGGUGCUGUCCACCUGGUUCGGCGGUCCGAGUAUCUCCUUUCAGUGCUUCUGGCCAAGUACUCCAACGACGCCAAUGCCAAGAAGGCCGUCGAGAACCACCAUCGCAGUAAGAAGCUACUGAUGAACGGCGGUCGCCGCGCUGAUGGGGGGUCUGUCUCGGCGUCUCCUGCCCCGCAGAUGUCCAAGAAGAAUAGCCGUGAUCGUAACUACUCCCAUGCCGAACACCAUCGGUCUUAUAGCAACGGGAAUGACCGCGGUACGCCCCGACCCGACAAGCGGAAGUAUGCCGAUGACUACGAUGAUCGCAACUCCAAACAUCGUCGUGUAGAGGUUGAUGCGAAGCACGACAAGAAGCCCCGGGAGAAGGAGAGGCCCAAAAUGGAUCCUGAGACUAUGGAGAGGUACAAGCGUGACAGGCAAAAGGCAGUAGAUCGGUUCUGGGAACUGGCGAACUUGAAGGACGAAGAGAUCAACCACUCGGACAACCUUCAGCUGGUGUGGUCGCUUCUUCGCCCGCUCAAGAAGAACAUGGAGCGUAUCAUGUGUUCCAAAGAGCUCUUCCCUGCCGCUAAGCAACGGGCCAAGGUUCUCGGUGCGGAGAUCCGCGAGUUUGGCAACUUCCUGAAAGAUUUGCGGGCCAAGAACCCAGAACUUGAGGGAGAGGGCCUCGAGACGCAGUUUUGGGAAUUCCUGUCUUCGAUCUGGCCUCUUGGCGACGUGAAGGUCUCGGGCAAGAGGCUUCAAAAGAUGUACGGGGACUUGGAGGAACGGGGCAGCAAGGACCGUCAUGACGAGAAGCAGCCCACAGAACCAAGACGAGGCAGGCAUCCGGAUCUUGAGGAUGGCGAGAUCGCAAGCGACCGUGACGAUCGCCGGGCGCGCCACCCUUACCGUGAUGACCGCCGUGAAGAGCGCAGGGAGGAACGCAAGGAUCGUCGAGAUGACCGCCGGGACGACCGUCGCGAUGACCGCCGCGAUGAUUAUCGUCGUGAUGACCGCCGGGAUAGCCGCCGGGAUGAGCCGGCACGCCGCAGCAACUACUAUGACGACGACCGUCUCAACUUCCACAGGCAUCGUCGGCCAGCGGAGAACAGUCAGGGGCAACCUGCCCGUCACUCACGGCAGCAGAACCGCAGCCCAACGACCCGUCACAGUCCCUACUAG